CAUUCACUCCCCCGAGACUCCCCUCACCCACACCACUCCGCCGCCGUUCGCCUUUGACCGGUUGACCCUAGCCGCGCGCGGUCUCUCUCCCUGCUAGCUCUGCCUCGACCCAACGCUCGGGCCGGCGGCGCGAGCCGCCCGGCCUCCUCCUCUCCGUCCCGUCGAGCUCCUCUCUCUGACCACGCGCAGCUAGACGGGCCACCGCCGAGCGCACGGCGAGGUUUCUUGGCGGCGGCGGGAAGGAGAUGAGCGAGCGGAAGUUGCUUUUGCCGACUCUCUCUCCACUCUAGAUGAAUACCGAACUCUGGACGCCAUUUGGUUAGUUCAGAUCUUUGGGCACCGGCUGGAUCUGUGUUUUUGGGCACAUAUCCUCCUGAGCUCUCCCUCUGCUCCCUUGGUCGAACUCUUCUUCCACCUUCAGCGCAGCCCACCCCAGGAGAUAUAGAAUACAAUGCUGAACGGAUUACAACACACAAGUGGGGCGACAUCACCAUUCUCGUUCGAGUUGUUAAGACAGAUUACUGAUAAUUUUUCCGAUGACCGCAUAAUUGGUCAUGGUACAUAUGGAGUGGUUUACAAGGGAGUAUUGGAUAACGGGGAAAAGAUUGCUGUGAAGAAGCUUAAAUACAUGCCUCCAGAAUACGACAGCGAUAAGCAGUUUGAGAAUGAGUGCACUAACCUCAUGAGAGUCCAACAUCACAAUAUCGUGCGGUUAGUUGGCUACUGUCAUGAAACACGGCGUGAAUAUGUUGAACACGGUGGAAAAUACAUUUUUGCUAGCGAGGACAAACGAGUUCUCUGCUUUGAAUACUUGCUGGGUGGAAGCCUUGACAAACACGUCUCUGACGAGUCAUGCAAACUUGAUUGGAACACGUGUUACAAAAUAAUUAAGGGAGUCUCUGAGGGUUUAAAUCAUCUUCAUAAUGAUUCCAUUUUCCAUUUGGACUUGAAACCAGCGAAUAUAUUGCUGGACAGCAACAUGAUGCCCAAAAUUGGCGAUUUUGGUUUAUCAAGAUUCUUUCCGUCAACAGAAACAUACACCACAACAACAUGUUAUGGAACACUCGGAUACAUACCACCAGAACACAUCAACAACCAUCAAAUCUCGCCAAAAUAUGAUGUAUUCAGUUUGGGUGUUAUAAUUAUACAAAUAAUGGCAGGACGCAAAGGCUACAAUGAUCAUGGAGAUACUACUUCACUCAAAUUCAUUGAGUCUGUAUGUGAGAAGUGGCAAAAAAGGGUACAUGCAACGAUGUGGUCACACAUAUUACAAAAAGGCUGCACCUGCCCACGAUGGUCGAUGAAGCAGCAGGUCGGACCGAAGUUGCGCGUGUGA